GUUUGCAGAUUUUGGCUCCUGCCUCGCACGAGCUCUGAGCCUUGCCUGAAACCACCGUUCCCGAACAUCAAUGGGGAUGACUCGCCCAGGCGUCAAGCGCACCGUGGGCAAGAAGAAGCCACAAGCCGCACUCAGUUACAUCAGAGUCAGCUCCCGAGAAAAUCGAGACCGCGGGGGCGUCGUCAGGCAGAGGGAGGCCGUGAGCAGAUUCGCCGUCAGCAAUUCGCACAAGAUAGUAGGCGGAAUAUCCGAGGUGGUCAGCGGGAGCCUGCCAGCAGGAUCGCGGCAGGGGUUCAAGAAGCUGGUGGCCGAGGCGACCAAGCGGAAGAUCAAAACUAUUUUGGUGGAAAAUGCUAGGGCUGUCGCCCGCAGCUCCCAUGCGAAUGAAGAUUUGUUCGAGAUGGCCAAGAAGAGGGGCAUAGAGAUCAUCGCCACUGAUAUGCCUGCGCUGUACAAACACCAGCCGAACCCAGCAGAGAAAUUUGUGCGGAGGAUCGUGUUUGCUCAUGUCGAGCUGGAGAAGGAUAUGACCGUUCAUCGGCUUUGGGAGGGUCUCGCAGUGGCGCGCGCGGAAAAGGAGGCGAAUUACCGCCGCGUGAAGCGCACGCACGGGGCGGCGGCCGCCAAGCGCCUCCUCUCUUCAAGCAGCGGCCGCGUCAAAGUCAACGGCAGGAAGAGCUUGCUCCAGAAGAUGAGUUUCGACCGCGGCGGCAUUGCCAAGCUGAAGGCUCUGCGCCGCCGCUUCGACAAUGGGCAGAUCACGGUCCGGGGGUGCGCAAGUGAACUUCUGAAGGUGCUGCCGUGGAGCAAAGCGGCGGGCGGCGCGCCGCGCCCCGCGAGCCUCGGCCCAGGGCAAGCCACGCGGAUCAUGAAUAAUGCCCGCGUCAUGUUCGGAUAUUAGGUUUUUGCUCUGUGAGUUGCGUAUUCGAGGUGCUGAUUCCGCCAGUCCCACAGGUGCCAAUGAAGCCCUUGUGACCUGCCCCGGCCUCGGUUCGGCUUGCGUCGCCGCCCUCUUUUUUAGAACCCAGAUGCUUUAAAGAAGCUCUGGCGUCAACGAUGCGCGGUUUUACCGUGUACGCGCGGCCGUCUUUGGAACUUUGAAAGGCGCGUGGGUAUGGCCUGGAUUGAUUCGGGCUCCUCCGCCCCGCCUCUCUGGCACCCCCUUGGCGGUUGCGAAAAAAUUGUUUUAGAGUAUUACGCGAGAGUGCUGAAAGGACGCUGUCCCCGAAUUUCGGA